UCAAGUGUAAUGUUGAUCUCGUAGUAAAUCGUACAGAAAACUUUGCGCCGCGUUCGUUGUGCCGUGCUAUGUGCUGGCCUGUGGCAGUGGCCCAGGUGAUUUAAUUCUCGUUCAUCUCAUCAAUUAGGCUCCGCGUCGCCGUCCGCACGAUUUCGCCGCGAGCACCAGCGGGCCAUCGCCACGGCCGCAUAAUAAAAAUGGCGUUCUGAGUGUGUCUUCCCCGUGUUGCUGGAGAAUAUUAUUCGCCUGGGUGUGGCUUGUGGAGGAGAGUUUACGAACGCGUUUCUGCAGGACGGCCCCAGCUUCUGGAAGUGUCUUUUACAAUCAUUAACAUCACACAGCAAGGUUAUAACCAGUUACAAGCAGCCCAACUAGACAGUAACGCCAGAGAGAAAGCGGCCAGAUUUUGGCUUGGAGUGAACAACAUGUGCAAGAAAAAAUGUUUGUUGCUGGAUGGUAAAUAGUAAAGGAUGCCACUGAAGGAUUAGACAAGAUAAUGUCACGCCUGGCUGAUUAUUUUGUCGUUGUCGGCUAUGAUCAUGCGAAAGAAAGAAGUGGCACUAGCAAUGGGAUUAUUCUCCAGCGUUUUCCGGAGAAAGACUGGCCGGAUACUCAUUUUAUUGAAGGAAUAGAAUGGUUUUGCCAGCCACAAGGAUGGGCUCUCUCAAGGGACAGACAGGAACCACGUUUCUUCCUGUCUGUUCUUACAGACAUGGACGCGAACCGGCACUAUUGUGCUUGUCUGUGUUUCAACGAGACUGUGUCGAUCACGCCGAGUAAACCAGUCGAUGAGGAUGAGGAUGUUGAUGGAGAUAGUUUGGUGCGCGCAGUGCCAGCUAUCUCACAUCAUACAACAAUGUAUGCACCAAAAUGCCUUGUGCUGGUGUCGCGGUUAGAUUAUAUAGAAACGUUUAGAAAUUGUUUAGGCAUAAUUUAUACGGUGUACGUUGAGAAUAUCGACGUGCCGUUGGAGACGCUGGUCGGUAAUAUCCUGGGAUGCAUUCAGGUACCGCCGCCCGGUGGCCCCCAGGUGCGGUUCAGCAUCGGGGCGGGUGAUAGGCAGGCGUUGCAGCCGCCCAUCAGUCCCUCGCUGCCAGUCACGCAUACUUCUGUUAACUUAUUAUUCCAAGAAUUAGGUAUAAGGAAUGUGUUAGUAUUAUUCUGUGCCAUAAUGACAGAGCACAAGAUUCUAUUCCAUUCAAAGAGCUACAACAGACUGACUGAAGCUUGCCGCGCACUCACUGCGCUCAUGUAUCCGUUUCGAUACAGCCACGUUUACAUCCCGUUGUUGCCCGCUGCACUAGUCGAAGUGCUCUCCACGCCGACACCAUUCAUCAUGGGCGUGCAUUCUUCACUGAAAUCGGAAACAACUGAACUCAUGGAUGUAAUUGUUGCUGAUUUGGACGGAGGCAGUAUAACUGUGCCCGACGGCGUCUCACUACCACUGCUACCUGAACCACUGUUAAGUAAUACUCAAGAGGCGCUUAGCCUUAUCCUGCAACCUGAAUUAAGUUGUGCGGAUCAUGCGUUCCUUCCGCUGGCUGUGCGUGCACCGCAGCCCAAUAUGCUGGACAAGCAAAUCCGUGCGGUCUUCAUGCGGCUGUUCGCUGUUCUCUUACAAGGUUAUCGCAGUUGUCUCACGCUCAUACGCAUCCACCCUAAACCGGUGAUAACCUUCCACAAAGCUGCAUUUCUUGGCGAACGCAUGUUGAUUGACUGCGAUUUCACCACGCGUGUGUUGGACUGCAUGUUUUUUACUAGUUUUGUCGCUGAGCGAGGCGCUCCUUGGAGGCCGUGCGAUGUUUGGGAUGAGUUAUAUAGUAAUAUUGGGGAGUUGCUCAAGAAAGAGGCUAAAGAACCGACGUUGAUGCUUACACAUCUGGAGGAAUUGGCGCGGCAGUUAUAUUCGAACGAGAAUCCCAAUCCUCAAGCAUACGCGCAAAAGAUCUUAGCGCCGCCGGAGGGUGCUUUUGCAAGGAUACAUCAACCUGCGUUACCUACGAUAAAUCCGCUGCAGGUUCAAGCAAUUAUCGAGGAAGGACUGUCGAAACACGAUUUGAAAUCUAGCGGAGACUAUGCAUGGUUGCAAUCAUUGAGACCAAUCCAACCUCGGAUAGUACCAAUGGGCCCACAUAUAUCAACACUAAACGAAAACAAGAACCCAGUGAGUAACUCCGCACGACGUUUAGAAGUACUCCGCAAUUGCGUCAAUUGCAUUUUCGAAAAUAAAAUCUCAGACGCGCGUAAAACCCUCCCGGCGGUCAAACGCGCAUUACAAUCAAAAGCUGCCCGCCUUGCCUUGUGUAACGAACUAUCACAGCAUGUGAACGGCAAUAAAGCGAUGUUGGAUACGCAACAGUUUGAUCUCGUCGUCCGGCUUAUGAACUGCGCUCUUCAGGAUGAUUCCUCAAUGGAUGAACACGGCGUUGCGGCGGCGUUACUUCCGCUAGCCACGGCUUUCUGUCGAAAGUUGUGCACUGGCGUGAUACAAUUCGCAUACACUUGCAUUCAGGAGCACUCCGUCUGGCAGAAUCAACAAUUCUGGGAGGCGGCGUACUACCUUGACGUGCAGAAAGAUAUCAAAGCUUUGUACCUCCCACGGUUGGAUACAAUCAGUCCUCGACUUGGGAUUGAAAAGAUUAGUCCCACAUCACCGAGGGACAACAAUAGUAAAGAUUUUUAUUGGGGAAAUCGCAGGAGUGUUAUUAACAGAGUUGCGGAACCCAGCGCAUUGGAGAUCGCAGCCGAGCAAAUGCGCGUGUGGUCGAAUUAUGAUAUAGCGAAACAGAAUGAGUUGUUGCAGAGCGAAGAGAGCACGCUGUACAGUCAAGCAAUACACUAUGCUAAUCGAAUGAUAUCACUGCUAAUACCUUUAGACGUUGGAACGAAGUAUCACAGACAAGAUCAUCAUUAUGAUGAUGAACGCGCUAGUAAUAGUAUAGCAAAUUCCGUUGCUGAGAGUGACAGUGCGGAUGCAGAGUCAGGGUUUGGUGAUCAAGAUCCUGGUGAAACUGGAGCAACCGUCAUUCGCUUGGUUUCGCGGUUUAUUGAUAAAGUGUGUAAUGAGGGUGGUGUAAAUCGUGACCAAAUUCGCAAUUUACACCAAAUGGUUCCUGGGGUUGUGUACAUUCACAUUGAGACCCUUGAGGCGGUUUAUCGAGAAUCAAAGAGAUUGCCUCCCAUACAGAAACCUAAGAUUAACAUGCCCAGCAUGUUACCAGGCGAAGAAAUUAUCAUAGACGGUCUGAGGGUUUAUCUUCUGCCGGACGGUCGAGAAGAAUCAGCCCCUGGUAAUUUGGGAGGUCCACCAUUGUUGCCUGCAGAGGGUGCCAUCUUUAUCACCAACUAUAGGAUUAUUUUCAAGGGUACACCUUGUGAUUCACUAGCGUGCGAGCAGGUUAUCGUGAGGACUUUCCCAGUAACAUCGUUGACGAAAGAGAAAAGGGUUGCAGUACAAUAUUUAGCACAUCUUGAUCAAUGGCUGCAGGAGGGUUUACAACUGAGGAGUUGUACCUUUCAGUUGAUGAAACUCGCAUUUGACGAGGAGGUCACUGCUGAGAAUAUCGAAGCGUUGCGGAAGUGUAUUCAUAAGAUUCGGCAUCCGCCCGAUGUCUUCCAUCAUUUCGCUUUUACUGGGCAGAUUGUCGUUUCGCAGACGCCAUUACACAAAGGCAAGGAGAAGAAUUCAACUUUAACGGGUUUUGCAAAGAAAACUUUGUGGAAAACAGCUCGCAAGGCGGGUUUCAAACAGAAACCUACUUCGAAACGUCAAAAAUACGUGCUUCCGAACAUCGUAGUAAAUAACUCAAAAUACCUCACUUCACCUGGUAGAAUGAGUCUUCCAAACACGGAUGACUAUGGUCAUGAUGAUGACUCCAUUGGCGAAUAUGAAUCGGGGCCACCCUCAAAUAUAUCCAUUACCACAACACCUGCAGACACGAAAACGCUGGAAAGACUAGCAGAGCGUAGUUAUGUACGGGAUUGGCAACGCAUGGGACUGUGCACUGAAAGUGGAUCACCGUCAAAUGCAAAGCCAGCGCCUGAUCAUUUCCGGUUGACUUCGGUGAAUUCUAUUUAUAUGAUUUGUCGAAGUUACCCGGCUUUAAUGGCGACUCCGGCGAGUGUAUCGGAUGAAUCUAUCCGACGGUUCAGUCGUUGCUAUCGCCAGGGACGGAUUCCUGCGAUAACAUGGAGACAUCCAAGGACCCGGGCGUUGUUACUGCGUGGUGCUGGUCAUCACGCAAAAGGAGUAAUGGGAAUGCUAAAGAGCCAUCCCAGUAGUAACACUUCAACGGAAACAACGUCGUCAGUGGAGCAGGAGCGAUAUUUGAGUGCGCUGGUGGCCGCAACGCCGAUUUUUAACCAACGGCAAGGCUGGGGCAUGUCUGACAGUAGUCUUAGUAUAGAUUCCUUGUUCCUUGCAGCUGAGGAACAUCUUGGCGGGACUUUAACGCCUGAAGUUGCACGAAGAACGAAUCCUUUCAAUAAAGCCAUCGGUACUUUAGGUGGUUUUCAAAGAACAAGUGGUGGGAAAGGUCCCAAGAACUUUGGGCGUUGGGGUUCACUGAAAGAUAAACGUCACGCUUCACAAGCAUCGCUCAGCAAUGUAUCUCAAAAUAAGGCGAAUGCUAGGCACUCGGCGGAAGUGGACGGCACCGAUGGUGUUAAUUCAUUGCAGCGUGCCGCAUUGUACAUCCUUGGCGAGAAAGCACAGAUGAAGGGCGUCAAAGUGGAAUCCGCACCAAAGACUGAUUUUAUACCGGUGGAGUAUCACGACGUGCGGCAUACGAAGGCAGCGUUUAAGAAGCUCAUGCGCGCUUGUAUUCCUAGCUCACAACCGGAACCCGAUCAGAGUUAUCACAAAUUGAUCGAAAAUUCGGAAUGGCUGCAACAGUUGCAGAACAUAAUGCAAUUGUCUGGCGCAGUUGUGGAUCUGCUUGAUUUACAGGGAUCAUCAGUGGCGAUUUGCCUUGAAGACGGCUGGGAUAUUACCGCACAAAUCUCAUCGAUUGCUCAAUUAUGUUUAGACCCACAUUAUCGUACACUAGAUGGUUUCCGCGUGUUGGUAGAGAAGGAGUGGAUUGGUUUUGGCCAUCGUUUCAGUCACCGAAGUAACCUCAACGCUACUUCCCAAGCUAGUGGGUUUGCGCCGACGUUCUUACAAUUUUUAGACGUCGUUCAUCAAAUACAAAAGCAGUACCCAAUGGCAUUCGAAUUCAACGACUACUAUCUCCGUUUUCUUGCUUAUCACUCAGUUUCAUGCCGCUUCCGCACUUUUCUAUUUGAUUGCGAGUUGGAACGUGUUGAAAGCGGUGUGGCUGCAGUGGAAGACAAACGGGGCUCGCUCACAUCGCAUCAUAAGAGCGUAGAUACAAUAUCCGACGACGAAGGAGUCUACCCGGGUGGUAGGCUUGCUGGUACAAUCUCAGGGCUUAAUCUAGGCCAGUCCGUUUUCGAUUACAUCGAGAAACAACACGCACGUUCGCCGAUGUUCUUCAAUUCGAUGUAUACCCCUGAUUUGGAGCAUCAUGUACUCCGACCGCAAUCUCAUCUUCCUUGCCUGGAAGUGUGGGGGUAUUACAUUGAUGAGGAACUGGCGUACGGUCCCAGUUACGACAUCGAAAUCGUGCAAAUGGACGCACAGCAAGAGGAAGAAGCGGCGGCAGCUGAUGGGAUAACUAAAUCGACCAGAAAUAUUGUUACAAAAGGUUAUGAUAUCUCGAAUCGCAGCGUACCGGAAGCUUUCGGACAUUUAUUGGAGGAGAUUCAUCGCUUGGAGACUGAGCUGGGACAUUUACCACAAAAGUGGAAAGUGUUGUGGGAUAAAUUGGAAUUGCCUUCUUCGGACUCACUGACAAGACAUGCUUCAUUCAGUACUGCGUUGGUGAGAUCGCAUGGCCGGUUGGUUCAUAAAAGGUCCACUCUAGAAAUUCUUAUGCGGGGUAAAAUGGUGGGCGCAGCGGAAGCUACUUUGGGUUAUUCUCAUCCGCACAGAUUUGAAAAAUAUAAUUACACAACUCCAACGCAAUGUGAUUUAUGUGCAAAUGUACUUUGGGGACCAGUGAAGACGGGUAUGAGAUGUCAGGAUUGUGGAUAUAGCUGCCAUGAAAAGUGCAUUGAAGGUGUGCCCAAAAAUUGUACGAAGUAUAAGAUCGCCGGCGAUAAUAACACAUCACAAACAAUGACGGCAACUGGGGGUGACAACGGUUCAGUUAGUUCAGGCAGUGCAAGACAAACUUCUAGUCAACAAUACUACGAGCAAUUUUCUUCGAACGUGGCCGAGAAUCGAACGCACGAAGGAUAUCUCUACAAACGCGGCGCUUUGCUCAAGGGUUGGAAGCAACGCUGGUUCGUCCUGGAUUCCAUCAAACAUCAGUUGAGAUACUACGACGCGAUGGAAGAUUCUCAUUGCAAAGGAUUCAUUGAUCUUUCCGAAGUCAUUUCCGUGACACAGGCCACUCCUGCGCCAGGUCCUCCUAAGAAAACUGAUGAUAAAUCAUUCUUUGACUUACGAACAAACAGGAGGACUUACAACUUUUGCGCUGGUGAUGCAGGCAGUGCUCAGGAAUGGAUCGAGAAGCUUCAAGCAUGCCUUCAGUGAACAGCGAAGCAACCCAGUACUAUCUUGCUUUUAAAUGUUUGCUUAAUUCAUAGCUCAAACUCUCACUCAGUUAUAUAUAUUUCUUUUACACUUCGCAUCCAAAGGUUAUUCUUAGUCAUAAUUUUAAUCCGAACGCGAAAACACGUGAGACACGCCCGGUCAGAAAACAAAUAUAUUAUAUAUGAUAUUUGUAUAUAGAUGGUAUAUUUACUAGAAUUUUUUUAAGUUGCAUAUAAGUUUUGACAAAUGAAUAUAUAUUUUUAUAAAUGUUAGCUUGCCGCGGACGCGCAUGCGAACAGAGACGAAUGUUAAAUGGGAUAUUAUUUACGUUUGCGGUGUUUUACUUGUUAGCACGACAUUUUAAACCUGAUUGUUGUAAUAAUGAGGCUUUAUGUGUCUAAUGAUGACAAAUCAAUGAAAAUCAGGAGCGAACUAAUCAUAAGCACACGAAUCAUGCGCGAGAGCUCUCUACUCACACAAAAGACACGCGAUCUGAUUUGGAAUCAUAAUAACUUGUAAGUUACGGCAUAACAUUAUCGGGACAGUAUUUGAUUACAUUCCCAUCCUCCACACACUUACACACACACCUAGCAGGAAUUACGUUACAUAUCUUGGAGGCGGGCUUCAAGUAAACUAAAUCAUCACGCACGGUGUGAUGCUUUAAUUUCACAAGUCAAGCUGAUAAUCGCAUCAUCCACACAAUAACUAAGUAUUGGUUGUCGGAAUAUACAUGAUUACAUUGUUAUGCAUUACUUAUUACAUUUUGUUUUGUGAUAUUAUCUACAUAUUUGAUAUUACCUAUUGUAUUGUUUAGUUUUUUUCCUACAACAACAAAAAAAUAAUACAAAAGUAGCUACAUAUUUGUAAUGCGAAACGGACGAGACGCUGAGAGUAUAUGAUAAUAAUAGAUAGUAAUAUUAUUGAAAAGUUGAAUGAAAAUGCAAAUUAUGGGAGAUAAUGAAAUGAA